CUCUAUUUUUUGCCACAAUAAAAUGUGAAAAAGAGUGCAAAAUAGCACAUAUCCUCGAUAUUCAAAGCAAUUACAAGGCAAAAAUUGCAUCAUCUCAACAUUCUGUUUCCAGCUGCGGGUUCCAUCGAUUUGGAGCAAUUAUUAAGCACAUUUAAAAAAUGGCUGCACCGCGACGUCUACGCAAGGAGCUCGUCGACUUACAGGAAAGUAGUUUAAAAUCAUUUCGUGACAUCAAGGCCGAUGAUGACAACCUGCUGCGCUGGACGGGCUUGAUCCUGCCCGACAAUCCACCCUACAACAAGGGAGCGUUUCGCAUCGAAAUCAACUUUCCGGCAGAGUAUCCCUUCAAGCCACCAAAGAUAAGUUUUAAAACAAAAAUCUAUCAUCCCAACAUUGAUGAAAAGGGACAAGUGUGCUUGCCAAUUAUCAGCACCGAGAACUGGAAGCCGGCAACCCGCACCGACCAAGUGGUUCAGGCAUUGAUAGCACUCAUCAACGAUCCCGAACCAGAGCAUCCACUGCGUGCCGAACUAGCCGAGGAGUUCCUCAAGGACAAGAAGAAAUUUGUGAAGAACGCCGAGGAUUACACCAGGAAACACAGCGAAAAGCGUCCGGCUGAUUAGUCCAACGAUGUCAAGUAGCCGGCACCGAGCAAUCGCAAAUGUAGCCGGGAUGAUAAAACCAAAACCUAAGCUCCCGCAUCCACAUUGCCAGUCGCCAGAUGAGAAAUGAACUGUAAUCCCACAAUCCACAAUCCACACCCUAAAACCCAAACACAACCUACUUAAACACGAAAUUAACAUGAAAUUUGCGUAGAAAAUGAAGAUGUAUAAACUGUUCCAAGGAGACGAACGUCACAACCUAGUUUAUAUAUACAAAAGUCUUGUCGAAAUUUGUAUAAACUCUGAGUAAUUAUUGUAGUAGAAAUUAAUUUGCAUUAAUUGUUUUUAAAUACGAAAAUACAUAUGUAAACGAAAAUCGAGAGGAUCAUGGAUCUUUUAUGCAAGAUAAAUAAUAUAUAUACAAUACAUAAUUAACACACAA